CUUGAUUAUAACGUAAGGAUUCAAGCAUGAUUUUUUCAAUCAAUUUAUUCGUGUGUUAGAAGUUCCUCAAACUAGGACACACAAAAUGAUUCAGAAAAGUUCAAAAAAUCUUUGUUCCUCAUUUUAUCCACUUUACAGCUUAUUAAAGUUUUGUGGACUUUUUGUGCCGUCAUUUGAAUCUACAUACAGCAUAAUUGUGAGAAUUUAUGGAAAAAUAUAUGCAGUUUGUGUAAUUUUUACUAUUGCUGGAUUAUUUUUGUGGAAUAUGUUAAGAAACUUUCAACUGCUCUCUAAUUCAUACCAGUUGCUGGAUAGUGCACUUGAAGGAUCAACAAUUAUUUCUGGAACUUCAUUAUUAGUGACAUUAAUUUACCAAUAUUCAAGAUCUGAAAAUUUUCCUCAGCUUUAUAAUGUAAUUGAUCAAGUUGAUGAAAAGUUGGCUCUUCUAAAACUUCAUAUAAACUAUAAUGGACACAGAAGACAAUCAUUUUAUUUCAUUUAUGGAACGCUCUUAUUUUGGGCAUUACACAUGACAUUAACGCCAAUAAUAAUUAUGGUAGAAAAUAAAGAAAAUUUCAAUUUUGACAUAGGCAUGUCUGCAUUGUUCAACAUCCUGAAUAUCUACUGUAUUCCUUUCAUCUUUCAAUUUGCAUGUCCUGUUGUUGCUAUUCGUGACAGAUUCUGCUUAGUUUAUCAGAAGAAGCAUACGAAAAUGAUUGAAAUUUAUAUAACAUUGGAGAUUUAUGAAAAGCUCUUCGAAUGCAUCGAUUUAAUUAAUAAUAACUUGACAUUCCCGCUCAUUCACAUGUUUGGAUUCUUGCUAGUCUCAAUAAUAUUUGAGAUACACAACUUCAUACUCGUUUUUCAUCUACAAGCACAUGUGAACUUCUUAAUUUUAUCACCAAAUGUUCUAUGGAUGUUUCUCUGUCUUCAUUUAUGGAUUGUUGUCAUUUAUUCAUCGGUCAGUACUAUGACUAGCUUCAACAAGAUCAAUUCAAUUGAGUAUCAAAUUUUAAAGGAUAUGAAAUCUUUGGAACCGAAUACUUUUCGGUUCAUUAAAGCAUAUUUGACGCACAUUCGAGGGAUUAGGAAAAGUUUUGAGACUUUAUUCUUUGAUAUUGAUUGGAGGCUACUUUUUGGGUGCAUAUCCACAGCUACAACCUACAUUAUAGUCACAGCUCAGAUAGAUAAAUCAUUGUAUGAAGCACCAAGUAAUGCCACAGCCACUUUGUUUUAAAGAGAUUUAUGCUAUAUUUAACUAUUUUACACAAUCUUAUUCUUUGAUGAUUUAAAAAAUCGAAAAUAUUUGAUUAUUCAGUUAUUUUAUGGACCGAAUAACUAGUGAAACUAUUAGAACCUGCAUUGUAUUACAGAUCUAUCGUAUUUCUUAAAGAUCCAGCAGUCAUAUAAUGGCAUAAUAUUCCCAAAACAAAAUUACAAAAUUUUCAAAAACAUUACUGUAAAUUAGGCAUGAAAUAACAUAUUCAGAGUGCAUUUCAAGGAUUCAUCAUCUAGGUUGACGUUAUUUUGAUCCAUUUUACUUAGAAUUGUACUCGAUCUCUGCUGAUUCUUUGACAUAUAAAUUGAUUUUAUAAUUUUCGCUUGUUUAUAUCAGCCAUUUUAAGAAAGCUUUUCAUGUCGUCCAUCUUGAAUUUUUUCCUAUAAAAGAAGUUCACGUUCUGAAAGUUCUUCAUUAUAAUUUGAGACGUCAAGCAGUAAACACCGUUUAAUAAAGUUAACAAUGUCAGGAAAAGGGGGAAAAGUUCGUUCAAAACCAACAAGUCGUUCAGCAAAGGCAGGAUUAGCCUUUCCCGUUGGUCGAAUUCAUCGAUUGCUCAAAAAAGGAAAUUACUCGGAACGUGUUGGUGCAGGUGCUCCGGUAUAUCUAGCUGCUGUGCUGGAAUAUUUGACAGCAGAAAUUUUGGAAUUGGCUGGAAAUGCAGCACGAGACAAUAAGAAAGCAAGAAUUAUUCCACGACAUCUUCAAUUGGCUAUUAAGAAUGACGAAGAAUUGAAUAAGUUGUUGACUGGAGUAACAAUUUCACAAGGAGGCGUUUUGCCAAACAUCCAUAGCAUUUUAUUGCAAAAGAAGACUACAAAACGUAGCAGUGCAUAACUUUAAAGAAACUUAUUAAGAACAUGUUACAUAAAGCUUUAUAUAUUUAAAUAAAAAUAAAGUUUGACUAAAUAA